AUGUCUGCUCUACUCCAUCUCCUUCUCGUCUCAACAGCUCUCUUCAACUCGUUUGCCGAGAGUGCCGGCGGUUUUAUGGGUGUGGCGGCUGAUGUGCAGGAUAUCGUCGAAGAGAUGACUCAAGACUACAAAGUUUUGGUGACCAACACAGCCUCAAAUUCGAUCUAUCUGAAAUGUGCAUCGGCUGACGAUACAAUCAUGGGCGAUGGAUCGGAUGAUGAUGGCUGGUGGACGUUGGAGAAUGGACAGGCUUUGGGCUGGACCUUCCAAAAGAACAACUUCGGAACAACAUGUUUCUGGUGUUAUGCGAACAAUAACGGACAAGAGGCUCGCGAUUCGGGCAAUUGGUACAUCCAUCAAGAUGUGUUUGGUUGGGAUGGUUGCGAUGGACCGGCAAACCAAGAUGGAGUCGAUGAGAACUAUGUGACCACUUGGGAGGUCCGAAAUGAUGGAAUAGACCGAACCAAAUCUCGCGAAAGAGGAAUGGUU